AUGGCGUCCAUCGAUAAAUUGAGAAAAUUGAAACUAACUGAUUUGAGAGUUCUUGCAAUCGAGAAAGGGAUAGAUGCCAAUGGUAAAAAGAAACAGGAGUUGAUAGAAGACUUGUUAAACAGCCAGGUUCCAACUUCGGUUUUGACACCCGUACAUAACCAGUCAACACCCGUCAUCAAUCCAACGCCAACCAAGUCUGCCACCAACGUCAACGAUAAAGAGAACCUGCCUCCCUUUCAUCGAGUCAAAUAUCUGCCGCAACUACCUUACGUAAAAGUUUUGUUUACGAUGAUUUACGAUUUCCUGAUAACGAGAGCAACAGAGUCAGGUGGAAGUGCUAAUAAUUUUAAAGGACUUGACAAGGCAGUCAAACACCAUGAUGCAGGAGACGUGAAAAACAUUUCACAUGCAAAGGUGUGUCAACAGAUAAAUUACGCUAGAAAUCUUUACGAUGAUGAAACACAUACCCUGAUACAAACUGAUAAUAACAGUGGAAUAAAAUAG